AUUCAGAUGGUUGUGUUUAUAUUUGAAUAUUGUGUACACAUACUUCGUGAUGGCAGGUGAUUACAGUGCUGUGAAUUUUAACUGUGUUGAUAACUCGGUGUCACAGAUGAUGAAAAUGGACAAAUGCAUAGAGGCAGGGAUGAAUGCUUGUCUUGAUGUCGCUUUGGAUUUGGAAGAAAAUGGUGGCAACGCUGAAGACCUGACUAAAUUAAAACAAGCAAUGGUAGAUUAUGUUAUCAUGGGCAAGGAUUUGGAACAGUACACGAAAGCGGUUGAAAAUACAAAAGAACGGAUACGUCUGACUGCUGGUGCCACCUUAAAUGUAGAUGAUUUAUUAGAUAACGAAGUGUCUGCAUUACAAAAAAAUACUACAGAUGAAGAUAUUGAACAACAUCCCAGAAUUCAAGAAAUGAAUGAGAAACUAUGGCAAAUAAAACAUCCAGGCGAAACCAUGCCCACACAAAUGACAAGUGGUGCUGCUGCUGAAGACGAAGAUGAAGACUUGUUGAUGUCUCAAGCUGAAAUUGCUACAAAAUGUCCAAUCACACAACAAGAAAUGGUUGAUCCUGUUAGAAAUAAAAUAUGCAAGCACAGUUAUGAGCGAAGUGCCAUAGUACAACACAUAGCUGGUGGCAGAGGAAGAAGAAAGUGUCCAUUCGUUGGCUGCGGCAAUACGAAACCCAUUGUGAAGAAUGAUCUAGAAGACAAUGUAGCACUUAAACAUACUAUAGAAAGAAAAAACAGACAGGCUACACAUAAAAAGUAAAAAUAUUGUUUGAGACUUGAAGGAGGCAACUGUGGAAAGAUUAUCUUCCUACAAAGGAAAUCGAGAAGAACAUUUCACAUGCUUCUUUUAGAAACCACCUUAUAGUAUUACUUUUACUUUUAGACAUAAAGUGCUGACAGUACUGUGAUUCUUUUAGCCAUGUCACAAUUAUGAUAUAAUGCCAAUAUUUCGUAUUAUUGUCCAGCUGCAAAAGCCAGUUUACAAUAUUUGAUUCAUCUGAUCUGAUUUAUAGGACAAAUCUGCUUCUGAUUAAUCUGGUGGCAAAAUAGGUGUUUACUUGGUCUGAUUUUAUGAAAUUAAACAUGUCUAAUAUUCAAAAAAUCUGAUUGACAUCAGAUUUUGCAAUUUACAUGAUAUGAUUUAACUGAACAUAUUUAUUUGAUUGUUAACCAUCCUUAAGAUAGACUGGUAGUAGGUAAUAGUCCUUGGUAUAUCAAUAGAGCCAACCAAUAUAUCCACCUUGUACACAUGCUUACCUUUUUGAAACUGUUUUCAGUUAAUUUACGUUACAAAAUUGUUUUCACCAUUUGCUGGAAUAUCUAUCAAAAUCUCUAAUUCUGUUUUUAUGUAAUAAUCAACACAAAGAUUUUGUGCAUAUGAGAGUUAAAGCGAGAGGGUCGUCACCUGUGCAUGUGCGGUAAUUGAGUCCCAAGUGACAAUAACACGCGCUGAAAACGCAAAGGUUCAUGGGUUGACGCUUGUUUGUAAACAAUGACACACUAGCCAUCUGACGCAUGCGCAGGUGACUACUCCCCCCCACCCCACUUUAAGUGACUGACCAUCCAGAAUAGAUGUCAUGUAAGUUUUUUUCAGUUUCAAAUUGGUAUUAGAGAAAUGCCGAAAGCAUACAAGUGGAGUUGGAUUAGUAACCUUGAAAGAAAAAAAGGUGCUUAAAAAGGUGUCAUUUCGAUCAAUGAACUUGUUGUGCUAUAAAUUGCUAAACUAAACAGAUCUUAAGAGUUAUCUUUCCUUUUGUAAUCUUUGCUGAAAACGAACAUAAAACCCAAGUUAUAAUAUUAUUUGAAGACCCCCCCCCCAAGAAACAUGUUUAUUCUAUUCUGUUUUGCAGCCACAGUAAUAGUAAAAAUUACACAAACAAAAUAAAAACUGUUAUCUCGUUUAUUUACUUAAAACUACAAAGUAUAACUUGUGUUUUGACCAUGACAUUAUUAAGCCUUUAUAAUCAAUAAUUUUAGUAUUGGUCAACUGGAAGUGGAGUGUUUUUUCACUGUCAAGCUGUUUACCAAUUAUAUGCAAUAAAUGACAUUUUAACAACU